GCGGGUGGGCGAACGGGGCGGCCCAGUGUAUAUGGCUUCCAGCUGCCUCCGUCGCUGCCUCCGCCUCCAUGUACUCCACGGGGCACCCGGGCCCGGCCCCGCACCCUCGCCGCCGGCGGCCCCCGGCACCUGCCCAGCCGGGACCUCCGCUCCUGCCCCAGGAGGUGGGGGAAGAAGAGCAGCCGCCUCCAGGCCCGGGCCGGGGCCCCUUGCCUGCCGUGUCCGCAGCCCCUCCGGGGGCAGGGGUCAGCCCUGGGGCGUCGGGCCUGGCCGUGAAGAUGGCCUUCCGAAAGGCCUACUCCAUCAAGGACAAGCUCCAGGCCAUCGAACGUGUGAAGGGCGGGGAGCGGCAGGCCAGCGUGUGCAGGGACUUCGGGGUCCCUGGGGGCACCCUGCGCGGCUGGCUCAAGGAUGAGCCCAAGCUUCGUUGGUUCCUGGACCAGCUGGGCGGAGAGGUGGGCACCCAACGGAAGAAGAUGCGACUGGCCAACGAGGAGGAGAUCGAUCGCGCUGUCUAUACCUGGUUCCUCACCCUGCGCCAGCAUGGCAUCCCUCUCUCUGGUCCUAUCAUCCAGGCCCAGGCAGAGGCCUUUGCCCGCCAGAUCUAUGGGCCUGAGUGCACUUUUAAGGCCAGCCAUGGCUGGUUCUGGAGGUGGCAGAAGCGCCAUGGCAUCUCCAGUCAACGAAUCUAUGGUGAAGCAGAGCCACCUCCCCCCACCCCUGCUUCAGCUCCAUCACUGCCCACCGUUAAGGCUGAACCAGACCUUGUAGGCAUUGGGGACCAUCCCUCACCUAUGCCACCCCCGACCCCCACAGAUGGAGGCUAUGGGGAUGAACAGAUCUACAAUGCCAAUGUCACUGGACUCUACUGGAAGUUGUUGCCUGAGCAGGCAGCCCCUCCUGGGGAAGGGGACCCUGGAAGUGGAGGACAGAGGUGUCGAGGUGACAGGGUUACGGUGCUGCUAGCAGCCAACUUGACUGGCAGCCACAAGCUGAAGCCCCUGGUGAUUGGGCAGCUUCCUGACCCACCUAGCUUGCGACACCACAAUCAAGACAAGUUUCCUGCCUCCUACCGAUAUAGCCCUGAUGCUUGGCUCAGUGCCACACUGCUCCGUGGCUGGUUCUUUGAGGAGUUUGUGCCAGGUGUCAGGCGCUACCUGCGGCGCAGCUGCCUGCAGCAGAAAGCUGUCUUGUUAGUGAAUCAUCACCCUGGGUCCAGGCCACCCGGCCCUCUGCCACCCUCCCCAGAGGAGGGUGAGGAGGCUGGCAAACGGCAAAGGGCAGCUGGUGGCCUGGGCCUAGGGCCAGCCUUGUGCCACCCUGAGGAGCUUCAGACCCCUGAUGGUGCAGUGCGGGUGCUUUUCCUGUCCAAGAGCAGUGCCCGGGGUAAGAUUCCAGCACCCCUGGAGCAAGGGGUGGUAUCUGCUUUCAAACAGCUAUACAAACGGGAACUUCUGCGACUGGCUGUGUCAUGUGCAGGUGGCUCCCCUCUGGACUUUGUUCGUAGCUUCAUGCUGAAGGACAUGCUCUACCUGGCUGGCCUGUCUUGGGACCUGGUCCAGGCAGGCAGCAUUGAGCGAUGCUGGCUGCUGGGUCUUAGAGCCGCCUUUGAGCCCCGUCCGGAGGAUGAGGAACAACUGGUCCAGCCCCACCCAGGGGCCUCUGGGGAGGAUGAGGAGGCAGAGGAACACAGCAAAGUCCUCAGUGACCUAACACACUUGGCUGCCCUCACUUACAAGCGCCUAGCACCUGAGGAUGUGGCAGAAUGGCUGCAUCUGGACGAUGGGGCCCCAGGCUUGGGGGAGCCCCCAGAGGGUGGGGGAGAGGAGGAGGAGGAGGAUGGGGGAGGUCGGGAGCAGCCCUCCUGUGGGGCCUUCCCACCACUGGCUGGUCCACCCCAUGGAGAGGAAGAAGCUGGAACAGGAGGGCCAUCACCAGUGCCUACAGCUGGGGAGGCCAUUAGGGGUCUUGAGACAGCUCUACGGUGGCUGGAGAGCCGUGAUCCCAGGGAGGUGGGACCCUUAAAGCUGGUGCAGCUUCGAUCCUUAAUCAGCAUGGCUCAGCGGCUCGGGGAGACAGGGCCCUGAUUGUGUAUCUUCUGAUGGCUGUUGGAGGGGCAAGACUUAGAGAGUUAGGGGCCUAGGACUCAACUGACCCCUUUUUACUUCUGCACCUUUAUAGAGGAAAGUUAAUUGGCUCCUAUCCCUUUCCCCCUCCAGUAUCGUGGGCUAACCCCUGCAACAACCAGGAGGGGACCAAGAGCCUCAGAGAUAGCAAUGGGGGAAUGAUGCCCUACUCCUAAAGUCACCAAAGGGAACUGGACUGGUGACACUGGGGUCACUACCAGUAAUGGGCCGAGAUGCAACUCUUAGUCAUCAGCAAAGAAGCACAUGGUUAGGAAUGUCAUGGGGAGGCAACCUGAGAGGACAGUUGCUUAGCAUGGGGCAGCAAAGAGCCAUCUUAGCCAGUACCUUCCACACUCACAUGUGUCUAUAUACACAGGAGCCCUGGAGGCUCUAUCAGGGAGCAGCUUUCACUGUGUUCAAAACCUUAACCCUUCUGAGGUUCCCCAAGCCUAGAGCUGUGGUGGUCCUCUUUGAGAGUAUGUCCUUUUUAAUGCCAGGUGUGAUAUAUCCACCCCCUCACACAGAAGGCCUUUCACCCAUGUCUCCUCUUUACCUCUUUCCUGUCCUCUUCUGAUAUGGUUCCCACUAUAUCCUUACCCUCCUCUCCUUUUCUCCUCCUUCUUCCCAGUCACAUGCACUGGAUAGGGGCCUGCUUGUUUCUCCUCUUGCUGGGAGGAGCCUGUGAGCCCUGGUGCUGGAGUUAGCUAGGGCUUGCCGUAGCUUUUUAAUCUUCAAAAUGGGGGAAAAAAACUGACCACUUCUUAUAUAUAUUAAAACCCCCCCCAACAACCUAGAGCCAGUUUUAUAACCCAGACCGUAAGGGGGCACCAUGGCCAGAAGCUGGUGAGGGGCUGGCUCUAGACUGAUCUGGGGAAUGGGAAGGAUGCUCCUUAAGGGAGGGAUUAUGACUGCCAUCCUGGGACUGGGUUGGAAGGUAUCAGCCCUGAGGUAUUAGCUAAGUUGCCCUUGGGAGUUGAGCCAAGAAAGAUCAUUCAUAUGAAAAAGUCAAUUUAGAAUGUCUGAGAUCAUUCAUGGGUUUGAAGAAGGGUUUUCGGUCUGGCUCUGAAUGGGGAGAAUUCUGUAGCAUUUGGGCUAUCCUAGGGGAUAAGCAUAGACCCCAGGAUACAUCCCUAGUUUCUGUAACCAACUUGGGUUGUAGAUUUGUUCAACUUUUCUUGGUCUCUGGUUUUUGUGAAAGGGGUUUUGUGUGUGGUUUGGGAUUUUGUUUUUGUUUUUAAAGAAAAAUAACAUUUUCAACAGUUUUACUAUAGAUUAUUGGAGUGUCUGAAUAUGGGGCCUCUGUGGGUCUCCCUCCAGAUAACUUGAAAAUAACCUAUUUUUAGUCCAGUAUGUUUGUGGUUGUCAACAAUGGCACACUGAGUGUGUGCACACACUUUGUGCCCACUAUGGAUUUUGGGAAAUUACUCAGUUUCUCUGUGAUCAAAGCUAGGGCAUCCUUCUAGGAAUCAAUCCCCCAGUUUUUAUAGUGUCAGUAUCUGGAGGUGAGGAGAGUGGGUCCAAUGGAAAAAUCACUAUUGCCUUAUUAACCUUGCCCUUCCUGACACCAAAUUGGUCUUCUUCACUUGGAUUCCUGGUGGGGAAAGAUCCUUUGGUAAGAAUCAUUCUUUGUGGGUGGACUUUCUUGUAGGUAGUAAGUCUGUUUGCUAAUUUGGGACAUGACCAGAUCAAAAAGGACACAAAAUUCACAAAGGACUGGUGUUCAGAUAGGACUUGGUGUGAGUUUGGGGAAAUCUUGGCAACUUUUGUUCAUCUUCUGAGCAAAAUAGACUGGAUAGAACAAUCUGGAAGAGGGGAAAAAUAGCCCUGGUGCCUCUUGUGUCUGUGACAUUGGCACUGUCUGGUCCUGAGGCCUAACCUAGUAGUUCAGAGUUCAUUGUUACUUUAUUGGGAUUGGGGGUAGGAUUUAAAGAGGAAUUGAAAGAAAUCUGUCUGCUACUCACAACUACUUGGUGAAUGACUGUGAAUCCUUUCAGGCAGUAGACAGCAACUGUAAUCAAUUAAUUGGCAGCUAAUUUUCUGACUCUAGUCCUCCUCUCUCCCCAAUUCCUAAUUUCCCCUCACCCCCCCCCCCCCCAGCCUUAUUUGACUACAAAUGAGAACUCUGAAAACAAGGAGUCCAUAUGGAGAAGGAUCUGUUAGAAACAGAUGGGAAUUUGGAGGGAAAUAAAAAAAAAAUUAUGCCUCACAGAUUCUCUUAAAUUAGUUACAAGUCAGUUUUCAUGUGAUUCUUGAAAAGCUAUUUUCCUUUAAGACUAAGAGUCUGAAUCCUCCCUCUUAACUGUUUAAGAAAUCAGCAGGCUAGCAUAAAACACAUGGAAAUCGGUUUGCAGGAAAAAUUGUAUUUUGAAUGAAGGUGUCAUCAGGUUGGGGGUCAAUAUAUCUGGUCUUCAUUCAACAAAAAUGUAUUAAACACUUACUGGGUGAAGAAUCUUUUUGGGUGCUAGAGAAAAUGCAGAGACCUUGCCCUCUUUGAGUUUACAGGCUGCUAGGGAGAUCAGACACAAGCAUAAUUACCUCUAAUGAAAAGUUAUAAUAAUUUGAAAGGUACAAAGUGUAUUUUGAGGUCCAGGUAAGAAAAGAGCCUUACAAGCUAGGUGGAUCAUGAGAGUUUUCCUGAAAAAAAAAAUGACAUUUGGAUGUUCUUUAGCUAUAACUAACAUUCAGGUAGUACUAAGCAGGAUUUGUAAAGUAGAGAUCUCAUUUGGUCUUCACAACAAUCCUGAGAGAUUGGUGCUAUUAUUAUCCCCAUUUUACAGAUGAGGAAAUUGAAGGUAAGUGAUUUGUGAGGGAUCACACAGUAAUUGUCUAAAUCAGGAUUUGAUCUUAGGCCUGCUGACUCUGGGUCUUUAAAGAAUGGAUAGCAAUGUAAACAGACAAAGGGGGAAGAGGGAAGAUGUUCCAGGCACAAGGGUGCAUGAGCAUAGAGGCGGGAAAAUUGUUCAGGUGAUAGAGUUGUGUACUUGGGAUGAAAUAUAGAGUGGAGUAAUAGGGGAGUCUGGAAACGUAAACUGGUGCCCAAUUGUUUGGCCUUGAAUGCCAGAGAAAGGAAUUUGAACUUUGGUGUACAGUUGGAAACCACCAGAAAAUGUUUGGACAGAGGAAUGAUGGGACCUGGUCUGUGCAAAGGAGAGAUUAUUCUAGCAAUAGGAUGAGGAAUGGAUUGGAAGAGAAAGAGAAGGUGGAAAUACGUGUUAGGUUAUCUUAAUAAUCCAUGAGUAGCUUGGAAUGGCAGUGGGGGGAGUGGCAGUGGGGACAGAAGAGGAGCCAAGAUGUGAGAGGCCUUGAAGAGGCACCAUGGAGCUAAGCACUAAGGUUUCAAACAUGACAGACUAUUUUGUUUUUUCUAUUUCGGGGAGCUGAUUAAGAAACUGGUCAGUGUUGCAGGCCUGCUACAGAAGUACUCCCAGCACUCUGAGCAGCCACAGGAUAUGAUUUUAAGUUUGGAACUGGAAGAAACAAUCUCCUCACAGAUGAGACUAAAUCCCACAGAAGGGGCCUAAAGUCACCCAGGUAAUAAAUAGAAGAGCUAGAAAUGGAACCCAAAGUGUUCUGAUCCAAAUCCAGCCCUCCUUCCACUCAAUUCAGAAACUCAGAAUCUGACUAGGCAGAGAAGCAUUGGCUAUCUGUAAGAGAUUAGGACUUGCUAUGAAGAGGUUCUGGGACGUGAUGGGACAUGACUUUGUGAUGUAGCUACAAAACCUGACCUGAGGCUUAAAUUAAAUGGGACUUGGCAGGAGCUUACUCUGUGCUAGGACUUCUGGGUCAGACAACUUUGAUUGAUUUGUCUGUAGUGCCCUUUUGCUCUAUGAAGUGCAAAGACCCUUUUUCAUUAUAGAUUUUCACUAUAGUGAAAUCUAUUUGCACAUUCAAAUCCCCCACCCAGUGGGUGGAAGAGGUUGUUAGCACUUUAAUCAACGUGUGUGCCAGGCCUCAGGUUAAUAGCCUGUCACCUGAGGUAGGUUAUACAGUUCUUUGCCAUUCACUGGGCCCUUCUGGUAUCCUCAAUCUUGUACCUAAGCAGGCAUAGACUGUGGGUAGCAUUCACUGAUUAAACAAACUUUUACCCAAUAUAAGCAGGGGUAGCAUAGGCUAAUGGAAAGUAUUUUGGGUUUGGAGUCAGGAUACCAGAGUUCUGAAUCCUAGUUCGGCUAUUUCUGUGACUUCUGGGGAGCUGUGCAAAGAAGGGUUGAGAUGGGAUAAGCUUUAAGGUUCCUCCUAAUGAUAAAUCAAGACCUGGAGUCAGGAAGACCUGAGUUCAAAUCCAGCCACAG